UCAAUUUAGGGCACCGGUGCUGUCGUCAUGGCUUGUCAGCCACCGUUGAAACUUUGUUUUAUUCCAACUGUUCUGUUACUCCUAUGUACGAAUUCUGCCACCUGUAACAAUGGCAGAAGGGCCGGAGAUUCUCUGGACACAGAAUACAACGGAUUUUCGGUGCUCCUUGAGCACUCCUUUGAAGUUGAUGAUGUGGCUAAGUUUCAAGUGCGUGGGGCGUUGGUGUUGAGAGCUGGACGGGAGCCUGCAGUAUCACUGUCACAGAGCCAGCUAUCAGAGGAGGACAGGACCAAGCUGAAGGAGGUGGCUGCAGUAGAUGGUCUGUACAGGAUAAGAGCUCCUCGUGUGGUCCUGCAGGCUGACAGGCAGACAGAGCGACAGGUGGAAGGCUACCUCACAGCUUUUGUCAGAGCAUGCGCCAUGGUGGAGUCCCAUCUCAGUGACGUCAUCACCCUCCACACUGAUGUCUCAGGCUAUCUCAUUGGUAUCUCUAUAGUGACGCUACCUGGUGCAUGCAGGGGCACUGAAGUUGAGGAUGAAGUGGAUCUUGAGGCAUUUAAUACCACUCUGAGCAUCAUGGCUCCUGUCAACGCACCUGGACCUGAGACCGCUCUGUUCAUUGAACGAAUGGAACAGGAAAUGGAGAAGAAAGGGAAAAACCCUCAAGAGCAGAAAUCCUUCUUUGCCAAAUAUUGGUAUUUGAUUCUGGGAGGUGCAAUCUUCCUCAUGGCCACCAGUUCGGCACAGCCCCCAGCAGGGGGAGACAGAGAGCAGAGCUGAUUCCCACUCAAUGGAUGUACAUUGUGCCUCUCGUUCUGUUUCUGAUGAUGUCUGGGGCUCAGGAUCAGUCUGGUGGAGGAGCUGGUGGUGGAGCAGCUAAUGGAGCAGGCCGAUGAUCACCUCGACAAUAGAUGUGUGUGUGUGUGUGUGUGUGUGAGAGAGAGAGAGAGAGCAGUUGUUUAUGUAGAACAUGAAACUACUUGAACCGUUCCUAAUUGCUGUACAUAGUACAAUAUGAAAAAUAGAAAAGAACCCUUUGUACAGUGUAGACUGAUAAUCUACACUAGAAAAAUCUUAAGUGAUGGGCUGCAUUUUAAUAUUAAUGCGAAAAUAGUAAAAGUAUUUAUUAAAACCAGAAAUGCUGU